UGGCUCGAGCAGAAGGCGUGGGGUGGAAUUCGCGCGCCCCGCCGAAGGCGGGGCGCUGCGCGGCCCGAUAGCAAAGGUCUAUCGCGCCGCGCCCCGCUCCCUGGGCGAUCGGGGGGCCUCGCCGGCAUGGCUCCCCCGCCCCGUGCCGGCCCGCCGGUGUACGAGGAGCUCCCCCAGGCCUGCGAGGAGCUCCCGGCGCCGAGCGGUCCGCCCCCGGGGGGCCUCUCCCGCGGCCGCGCUGUGCUGUGGCCGACCGUGGGGCGGUGCGCGCCGCCCGCGCUGGCCGCCUGCGCGCUGGCCGCGGGGCUCUCGUGCCUCGCACUGCCGCCGUGGCGCGCGGCGGCGCCCCAGGCUGGGCGCGCGGGCUACGUCUCGCUCGCUGGUGCGCUGCCGCCGAGGUUCCGGAUCGUCUCGAAGGGCACCUGCGAAGACAUCGGCUGGCGCCCGAUCUCGAAGCGGACGCUGCCGGACGGCUCCCCCAUCGACGUGUGCGAGGACGCCGCGGCCCAGCUCGGCCUCGACGGGCCCGAACGCGAGCUUAGCGUCUCGGCCGCGGCGGACGGCCCAGAGGGCUGCCACGUGCGCACGGGCGGUGGCGCGCGGUCGUUGUGGAUGAGCACCAGCCCGUUCACCUUUCACAAGGGCGCGGGGGCGCCCGGCCCAGGGGGCGAUACGGUCCAGUCGGUGUGCAUGGAGCAGGUGGGCGCGCGCGCGACCCCGGGGCGGGCGUCGGAGCGGCACCCACUCCCGGAGCCCCUCGUGCAGAAGUUUCCAGGGGACACCUCAGACGCCGCCUCGCCCGACUCGAUGACCACAGGCGCUCCCGACGGCAGUGACCCCAAGGCCACCGAAGCAGCGGCCUCGUCCACCAAGCCAGACGCUCCAUCCACGAAGGCGGUCUCGAGCGCCACGGCCACGACCACAUCCACGACGACCACGCUGCAGGACGUGACGGAUGCCAGUGCAGGAUCGAGUUCUUCGGCAGCCGAAGAGGCGGUCGUGACGUUUCCGGGGGUCGUGCGGUUCACGACAGCUCCGCCCACAACAACCACCGUCACCACGGCACCUGGAAUCGACUGGGGCAAGCACAGCAUUUGGGAGCUGGCCAUGGGUCGCGAGGCGCCAGCGGAGGGCCAGACCGCGGAGGAGUGAGCGGAGCGGACAGGAGGUGCAUCGACCGCCGAGGAGAACGUCGAUGGAACGCGGAAGCGCUCGUGCCACUCCCGCUAAGCAUCCUGGCGCCUCCCUCUUCCUUGCAUUGGCGCACUACCUGCCCCUCUCAUCCGGCAAAGCUCCUACGCACUGCCACAGCCCAUUUCCAGUCCUUCAGAUUUCAGACUGCGCUUGUUCUGACCUUCUCCGCGUAAGACGCUUCGCAGUGAGAGACCGCGUAGGAUGCCUUGCGGCGAGACAACGUACCCAGCGAGAGAAGUUGCACGACGAGCUUCGGAUAUUCCCAGGCUGUUCUCGCCCCGAGUUAGCUCGCAGGAGAUUCCCGUGGGGGCUUCCAGGGGGUGGGGCCAGCGGGUGUUUCGCUAGAGGGUGCAUCUUAGCGACUUGUGCUGGCGAGGUUGGUGCCGAGGUUGGUUUAGUCUCGGGCGCAAAGCGCGCUUGUGAACGCACGCAUGCGGCGAGUUCCUGUCACACUCCACCGCUUUGUCUCUUGACUUCUCUUC